GAGCACUAAAAUCCCGACGAGGCUACGUUGCAUCUUUGAUCAUGAGAACAUUAAAAUCCCGUGAACAUACUGGUAAUUUGAGACACAGAACAGGCAAAAAAAAAAAAAAAAAGUUCGAUUCCUAACCAAAAAGAAAAGACACAUGCAAUAAAUAAAUAAAUAAAUAAAAGAAGAAGAAGAAGAAGAAGAAAAAGAAAAAAAAAAAAAAAAAAAAGCUUCGUACACAAUCUCUUCCGAAAGCAGCCGUAUCAAGGAAGAAGCACCACCGGCAAAAGCUGGGUUUUCUGUUUCAAUGACUAAAGGUCGAACUAAGAUCCGAAUUGUUGUUGCUGGAGACCGUGGGACGGGAAAAUCAAGCUUGAUUAAAACCGCUAUAACCCUGAGUUUCCCAGCCAAAGUUCAUCCUGUGCUGCCUCCGACAAGGCUGCCUGAGCAUUUCUUUCCAGAAAAUUUGCCCAUUACCAUCAUCGACACUUCCUCUCGUGAGGAGGAUAAUGGUAAAGUUGCUGAAGAAUUGAAGCGGGCAGAUGUUAUUCUGCUUACCUAUGCAUGUGAUCGGCCGCAGACAAUUGAUCGUUUGACUACUUUCUGGCUUCCUAAACUUCACCAACUAGAGGUGAAGGUCCCACUUAUAGUGGCUGGCUGUAAACUGGAUUUAAGAGAUGAGAACCUGGAACAUUCGAUGUCAGCAAUUAUGCAACAGUUUCCGGAAAUCAAAGCUUGCAUUGAAUGUUCAGCAUAUAAACUUAUUGAUAUUCCUGAGGUUUUCUAUUAUGCACAGAAAGCUGUGCUCUAUCCAAUAGGUCCACUAUUUGACACAGAAACAAAGACAUUGAAGCCUCUUUGUGAAUGUGCAUUGAAGCGAAUAUUUAUUCUUUGUGAUCGUUACAGGGUUGGUGCCCUAAGUGAUGUACAGUUGAACGAUUUCCAGGUUAAGUGUUUCGGUUUUCCAUUUCAAGAUUCUGAAAUAAGGGGUCUUAAGCGGACCGUGCAAGAAAAGUUGCCUGCAGGAGUCAAUGAACGUGGCCUUACUUUGGAAGGAUUCCUAUUCCUUCAUGCUCUAUAUAUCGAAAAGGGGCGUACGGAGACUACAUGGAUUGUCCUGAGGGCAUUUGGAUACAAUGAUGAUAUAAAACUUGAAGAUGAUCGCAUCCCAUCUCCAUUGAUUUUGAGACGAGCUCCUGAUCAGAGUGUGGAGCUGACAGAUGAAGCUAUUGAGUUUCUCAUGGCAGUUUUUGACUUGUUUGACAGUGAUGGUGAUGGUGCACUACAACCUCAUGAGUUAGAAGAACUAUUUUUAACUGCUCCUAAAAGUCCUUUUACAGAGGCAUUUUCUAAGGAACUUGCAAGGAGAAACGCAUUUGGAGGGCUCUCACUUGAUGCCUUUUUAUCAGAGUGGGCCCUCAUGACACUACUAGACCCAACUUGUAGCAUGGAGAAUCUGUUAUACAUUGGUUAUAUUGGUGACCUUUCGUCUGCUAUUCGUGUUACUCGAACGAGACGUUUAGAUCGCAAAAGGCAACAAUCACAAAGAAGUGUUUUCCAAUGCUUUGUCUUUGGCCCAAAGAAGUCAGGAAAGUCUGCACUACUUGAUUCAUUCCUUGGAAGGCCAUUUUCAUAUCAUGGUUACACUGCAAUGACUGAUGAGCGGUAUGCAGCUAACAUUGUUUAUCGACCUGAUUGGGAAAGUAAAAAAACCCUUGUGUUACAAGAGAUUCCUGAAGAUGAAGUUAGCAAACUUUUUUCAAGGAAGGACUCUUUGGCUGCUUGUGAUGUUGCAGUUUUCGUUUAUGAUGCUUCUGAUGAGUCGUCCUGGAAUAAAGCAACUAAGUUUCUGGUUGAAGUUGCUGGUCAUGGUGAGCGUACUGGCUUUAAGGUGCCUUGCCUAUUUGUAGCAGCUAAAAAUGAUCUGUAUUCAUUUCCAUUGGCUAUACAACGUUCCACAAGGGUUAGUCAGGAUAUGGGAGUAGUUGCUCCCGUUCGUAUCAGCACAAAAUGGGGCAUUUUUAAUAACGUAUUCCAUAAGAUUGUGAGUGCUGCUGAACACCCGCAUUUGAGCAUUCCUGAAAUUGAAGCUGGGAGGAGACUCAAGCAGUGCCACCGCCUCAUAAACUGGUCUCUUAUGAUCAUUUCAGUUGAAACUGCAGUUGCCAUUGUCGGACUGGCAGCUUACCGUGUUUAUGCUGCAAGAAAGAAUACCUCCAGUUAAAGAAAUCAGCUCAUCUGGGGCCUACUUUCAGUUGUUGGGUGGGGCUAUGAUCAUCAAAUUCCUUCUCUGGGUCAUUUACGAUGGUUGUGUAUAUAAAUUGAAAUUCUAUCUUAUCACAGAAAUGAACUCUAUUGUUUAUAUAAAGAAAGAACCUGCGCUUAGUGACUCAAAUUGGGAUAAAAAAUAUACCAAGUAGACCAAAGUAUGUAUAUAUAUAUAUAUAUAUAUAAAUUUUGGUAGAAAGUAUGUACAUA